AAUUGACUCGGUGUGUAUUGCUUUAAAACGUGUGAGCUUAUCACACAAGCUCAGAUUGGACACUUUGCAAGUAAGAAUACACAGUUUGCAGUCUAAACUAUGGAUGAGUCAGUUGUCAAAGGGACUGCAACUCAAUCAGGCGUAGAUGAUGCUAGGAUAAAAGAUCUGAAGGCCUUUGAUGACACAAAAGCAGGGGUUAAAGGGCUUAUUGAUGCUGGAGUUGCUAGUCUUCCCAGAAUUUUCAUUCGGCCACCGGAUGAGCUUGUUGAAGAGUUAAACCUGGGCUAUUCCCAGGCAGAAGUUCCAGUGAUAGAUCUCAGUGGCAUAGAAACCGAUGAUCAGCGCAAGAAUAUCGUCGAUGAAUUAAGGCAAGUGUCAGAGGAAUGGGGAUUUUUCCGAGUAGUCAAUCAUGGAAUUCCAUCCAGCGUGUUGGAUGGAAUGAUAGAUGGAACUUGUAAGUUUCAUGAACAAGAUGCAGAGCUGAAGAAAGAGUACUAUUCUCGCGAUCAGUUCCAAAAGGUGAGAUAUGAAAGCAACAUCGAUCUGUACCGUUCAAGAGUUGCUAAUUGGAGGGACACUAUGACCAUCAAUUUGCUAUACUCUAAUGAAGUUGUACCUGAUGAACUGCCUGAGAUUUGCAGAAGUUCAGCAAUGGAUUACAUAAAUCAUGUAACCAAGCUGGCAGAAACCUUAUUUGAGUUACUAUCAGAAGCCCUUGGCAUUAAAGUGGACAACCUAAGAGCCAUGGAGUGUGCAAGGGGCCGGACAUUUGUGUGCCACUACUAUCCCGCAUGCCCUGAGCCAGACCUAACUCUCGGUGUUAGCAGGCAUACAGAUCCUGCUUUUCUUACCAUUCUUCUACAAGAUCAUAUUGGUGGCCUUCAAUUCUUGCAUGAUAACAACUGGACAGAUGUGCCUCCAAUCCCAGGAGGUUUGGUAGUCAAUAUUGCAGAUCUUCUUCAGAUUGUUUCGAAUGACAAGUUUAAGAGCAGGGAGCACAGAGUGAUUGCAAACAGAAUAGGCCCUAGGAUUUCAGUGGCGUGCUUUUUCAUAGGUGUUGCUGUGCCUGAAAAGAUCUAUUAUCCUGCCAAAGAGUUGAUAUCAGAUGAAACGCCUCCAGUUUAUAGGGAGUUUACGGUUGGAGAAUAUAUGAGUAACUUCUUCUCAAGGCCAAUUGACAAGUCAGGUCUUGACCAUUUUAAGAUCUGAGCCAGCUGUGUCCGCAACACCAAAUAAUAAUCCACAGGAAACACAUCAUCCAAGAUGGCAUUUGUAAUUUGCACUUCUCUAUCUCCUAGAACAUUUUGUUUUGGAAGAGAACAUCGCAUUCCUGUUGCUAAUACGCUGUUUCUUGUUUGGUAUCAUCAAUGUGAAUAAAUAAGUUGCAAACUUGCAAUUAACGGGUA